AUGAUUCCUGAGUUGUGGAUAAAGGCGAACUGUGUUACUCAAAUAUUAUCAAAACAAAAAUUGGAGAGAUACAAACAUCUGUUGAAGUGGAAAAAUAAUGAAACGAUUCUAGAGUUUGGUGCGGCAUAUGGAAAUACUUCAGUCAACUCAGUGCUACCAGUAUUGCCAAAGGAUUAUAAAGAAUAUGUUCUAACGGAUAUAUCACCUAAUAUGGUAGAGCACAUGAAGAAGAAUCUAAAGAUACCUAGAAGUAAAAUUAUUCGACAUGAUAUUGCUUAUUUCAAAAUAUUUUAA